AAGCGGCAGUCAGUAGCGCCACACUCGUGCGACAGUGAAAACAUGUCGGUCCUCGUAUCGCAGCAACAACAACCAUCGUCCCCAGAAUCGCAAAGUAUGACCGACCAAAAAGGCAUUCCCAAGUCGAAGAGGAAACUUCAAAAGCACCUGCGCAGCGCGGGACUGGCGUACGUAUCCCGCACCGGAAAACUAAUACCCGCCAAAAAAGUAUCAGAUGAACUAUGCCAAUGUCCCCACAAAUGCGACGAAUUGGUGCCAAUGGAAGCAAGAAAUAGUCUGUUUCAGCAUUUCUACGGUUUGGGAGAAGCCGAUCGUCAGAAUCAGUUUCUUAGGCAAAACAUGGACCUGAGAGCGAGACUUAACCUGCCAGAAACGACGGGGACCGGGCGACCUCCUAGGAGGAUCACUUGCAAGUACUUAGUGCCUUUAUUGGAAGAAGGAAGAUCCGUAGAAGUAUGCCAAAAAGCAUUCGUAAGUGCCUUUGUGAUAACGACAAAAAGAGUGAGACUACAGAGGGAGAAGUUGAUAUCUAGCCUAGGGUUGAAUAGUUACAGAAGUCACAACAGAAGUAAAAAAGACAAAGAUGAGAAGAAGGAACAACUUACCAAAAGCUUUGAAACAAACAACAAUAACAAUAUACUAUGGAAUAACAACACCAUAACCUUAUCAAGUCUAAAAUCUCAGUUUAACCUGCCUUCGAACCUAAGUCUUUAUGUACCAAGUAACGCAACACAUAUAAAAGUGGAUCCAAAUAUAUUAAAAGGCGGGCCAAAUUAUAUUAAAUUGGAGCAAAAGUUAUUGAAUAACAACGAAUCAACAACGUCAGAUACAAGCUCCGCGAAGAGGUUAGCAAGCAUUUUAGGUAAAAAAUCUCUUGAAGAGUUACGCGAAUUAAAUAUAACCUUAGAGGACGAGUCUAACAGCGAUUCAGAUACGGACACUAAACCUCCACUGGCCAAAAGAGUUAAGAAAGAGAAAAAUCUGUGGAGUGAUUUACAGUCAGAAAGCCCGCUAAUUCCCUUAGGGCUUAUGGUACCAGAUGGCGUAACAAUCGCCCCGGUGAUGGGACCAGACCAUGACAGAAAUCUCGCCAUUGUUAACAACUUUUUCCAUAACCAACUAUGGAAACCCGAAUACAUUGGGGCACUGUCGUGAUAAAUACGGUAUAAGUAUGUAGGUCAACGCAAACAUUGCAGGCAGUGUUAAAUGUUCAUUUGUAUCCCUCCUAAAAAAUAUUUUUCCUGCAUAUUAGAGUACCUUAAUUAUAUAUUUAGUUGCCUUAAAAAGUAUACAAAAAAAAUGGUGAUCCUAUCAAGUAGUCCAAAUUGUCUCAGGACAGUAUACUAGUUUUUUAGUCAUAAACAAAAAUAGCUUUGGUGGGGUAGUGUAGAUUAGGGGUAUAUUAUAUUAAAAAAUUAAACUUUUUAUAGAUGUGUUAAGGGAUAGUUCACCCUAACAUAUCAAUUUGAUUACCUUAAAGUUACCUUAAGCUAAGAAGAUGUGCACUUUUGCUACUUAAAUUUUGUAAAUAUCCACUUUUGUAAAAAGUAUUUAUUUCCAUUAAUAUUUUCAAGAUAGUGCCUAAUUUUAAAAAUGCUUAUAGCAUCUUUGAACCAGGUAUAAAAUAUGUUGCCUCAAAAUAUUGUCAGUAUAUUACCAAAGAAUUUUAAUAAUAAUGUCUGACAUGUAAGUGUGAUUUUUUGGAUUAUAUUGUCACAACAAAUUAUUAAGUAAUAAUCAUUUACAACUUAAGACCAAUAAGUCGUUACUGAAACAGUUACUAUAUCAAAAAAAUGUGAUAAUCAGGAUUUUCUUAUUUGUUGAUAAUAUAAAUUUGUGUACAUUUAAAAGCUCUU